AUGGGAAGCAAUAAAGUGUUCGCCGUGACCGUCUUCUUUAUUUGUUUUCGAGAAUGUCUCGAGACCACCGUGGUUAUCUCGGUUCUCCUGGCCUUCUUGAAGCAAACCCUCGGCCAGGACGAGGACAAAACUAUAUAUAAGCGACUGGUCAAACAAGUAUGGCUAGGGGUUGGGCUGGGCCUAUUCCUCUGUCUCGCAAUCGGCUGUGGCAUGAUCGGUGCUUUCUAUGGCCUGGGAACAGACACUUUCUCCAGCACGGAGGAUAUCUGGGAGGGUGUUUUAGGAAUUCUCGCUUCACUGAUCAUCACCAUCAUGGGUGCGGCGCUGCUGCGCGUCUCUAAGCUUCAAGAUAAAUGGCGCUUGAAGCUCGCCAAGGCACUGGAGCACGAUCAAAACCCCAAUGAAACUCGCAAGGGCCGCAUGAAGCGGUAUAUGGAGAAAUACGUCAUGUUUUUCUUGCCCUUCAUCACUGUCCUUCGUGAAGGCUUGGAGGCUGUGGUCUACGUUGGUGGUGUUGGUCUUUCACUCCCAGCCUCCUCCUUCCCCCUUGCCGUGUUCUGCGGUCUUCUCGCAGGCGGUGCGGUCGGCUUCCUCAUCUACAAGGGUGGACGGGAAACAUCCAUGCAGAUCUUCUUGAUUUUCUCAACUUGCUUCCUCUACCUUGUCGCCGGAGGCCUGUUCUCACGCGGUAUCUGGUAUUUCGAGAACAAUGCGUGGAGCAAGAUCAUCGGAGGUGAUGCCUCCGAAACAGGUUCUGGCGCCGGCUCCUACGAUAUUAGGCAGAGUGUUUGGCACGUCAACUGCUGCAACCCCGAGCUCGGUGGUGGCGGUGGUUGGGGUAUUUUCAACGCUUUGCUCGGAUGGACCAACUCUGCCACCUACGGCUCUGUCAUUGGCUACAACCUAUACUGGAUUUGUGUCAUGGUAGGCUACUCAUUGAUGUUCUACCGUGAGCGACGUGGUCCUCUCCCGGUCAUUGAUCCGGCGAUGAAGAAGGUUGCAGGAUACAAAGCGCGGACAAGAGCAUUUGUGCUUCGUCGUCCUUACACGGACGAGCCUGAGUCUAUUGAGAUUAAGCCUGUCCACGCGAGCGGUGGAGUCCUAUCCGAGGAGAAAGGCAUGGAUACUUCUACAGUCAUCCAACGGACCGAGUCUUGA